AUGGACCUGCUGCCAGUGGUGGUGCUGGAGGAGGAACUGCAGAAGAAGCCUAGGAGAAAUGGCCGGAGGCUGCUGAAAGGACUCUUACAGAGAUGCCCCGACAUGCUGCGGCAGGCCUUGCCAUUGCUUCCAUGGUUGCUUUGUCUUGGAGCCUGUUUUGGACGGCGUCGAGAAGAGGCUCAAGCCGGGCUGCUUGGUGUUGCACUGUUAGCAACCUCCUUGGCGUUCAGCUGUGGCAGCGUAGCAGGCUUUGCAGACCUGAAAGUGUUUAUGCUGGCAAUGCUCUUCUGGAACGGGCCACGGCCAGUGGGGGACCGUUGGUGCCGCGCUGCACUAAAGGAUGGCGGCGACGUGCAAUUGGGGCAGCACGCAGCCUUGGGUUUGGUUCUUCUGGACGACCUGCUGCGCGCUGUCCUGCAUUUCCUCGCCAGCGAACCUGCUGAGGCAUGGCCCUUUGCUCUCACCUGUCGCGGCCUGUAUCAGCUUAGCCACGAUGAGGAGUGGUGGGAGAGGUGCUACAAUUACAUGGCUUGGCAAAGGCUUCCUACAGCAGAACCCUGGCCUUUGCCAAGUCCUAGACGGCUUCUGAGAGAGGCCCUAUUGUUGGCAUCUAUGAUGGCAGAGACAGUAGGGAUGAUGGUGUUGCUGCAGCCCCCUACAAUCGGAUGGGCAGCAGCACCAUGCAUAGCAUCAACCCUGCUGGUUGUGUCGAGCUCGCCAUGGCUGCCAAGGCAGUCUGGGCUGGUGCUGGUGGAAAUGUCCAGGCUGCUGAGCCUCAUUUGCAGGUUUGCCGUCCAGGCGCAGGCAUUGCUGCUUUUGCUUGCUGCAGCGGUGCAGCCCCACCUCCCCUUGCCAUGCCGUCGGAUCUCUGACAGCGUUGCCUUGAAGAGCCUUGAGACUAUUGCGCUUGCUGUCAUGUAUUCGAUGGUCGCCUGCCGUUUGAUUGCCAACAUGGCUCGCUGUCGGGCAGCGUCACCACUAUAUGCAGUGCCUGCAGAGGAGGUCGUUGCUGAGCCGGUCCCACACAAUCACAGCAAGCCUCUCUACUGUGAUGGUGGUGUGGUGGAGGGCACCUACGCUCCAACCAGAAUUUGCGCAUGGGAGGAGCUCUCUGGAAUCAGUUCCCGGCGCCGCUACAUUCUACGACGAUGUGGAGAUUUGCUUGUUGCGCGCGAGGCCCAUCUACUCUCUCAUUUGGAUGCCUUGCAGUGGCGCAUCAAUGAGGCUGAGAACGAACAGACUUAUCCGCCCAAGGAGCAGUUCACUGGCCUUCCGGUGCUGCUGGUUCCAGGCCUUUGCCUUCUGUGUGCCGACAGCCUUGGGACAGUGACAGGCCAACCAUGGUGCCUUCAGGCUUUAGUGUGGUUGCUGAUCCUGUCGCGCUUUGGUCGCGGCUGGUAUCAGGAAGUCUUGCGGAAUUUUCCAUAUCAGGCAGACGAGGUGUGGCAGCUACGACGCGAGUUCUGCACAGCCCAUCAACACCUAGCAGAAACGCACCAGUUGAUCUCUCAGCUGGAGGACUUGAUUCGCAUGGUGCAGUCUUGUGAUUCCACAUGUUGCACACAUGUUACGUUUCGCUUGUGUCAUGCUACAUCACUCUUGAAAGACACUGGACACUUAUCGUUUUCAGCUGCUGUAAUUGUGAGCUUGAGCACACCGGAGCGCACUGCUGUGAAGAAUCUUCACAAGCAGUUUGGCACAUGA